GAGAUGGAAGCCAGCCUCCGCUAGGCCCGGAAGCCUCGUCUGAGGGGGCGGGGGACGAAGGAGGGAGCGGGAGUCGGGCUAGAGCCAGUGGAGGAGUCCGCCUGCUGUAGCGUGCGUAAGCAGGGCAGCUACGCCGGGCGGCUACGCCGCGGAAUCGGCGUAGGCGCCUUUGGAGAAUCGGCGGGCUGCGCUCCGCUGGGGCUGGUCGCGGAGGGGGGGAGGGGAUGUCGGUCAGUGCGAGAUCCGCUGCUGCUGAGGAGAGGAGCGUCAACAGCAGCACCAUGGUAGCUCAACAGAAGAACCUUGAAGGCUAUGUGGGAUUUGCCAAUCUCCCAAAUCAAGUAUACAGAAAAUCAGUGAAGAGAGGUUUUGAAUUCACGCUUAUGGUAGUGGGUGAAUCUGGAUUGGGAAAGUCGACAUUAAUCAACUCAUUAUUCCUCACAGAUUUGUAUUCUCCAGAGUAUCCAGGUCCUUCUCAUAGAAUUAAAAAGACUGUACAGGUGGAACAAUCCAAAGUUUUAAUCAAAGAAGGUGGUGUUCAGUUGCUGCUCACAAUAGUCGAUACCCCAGGAUUUGGAGAUGCAGUGGAUAAUAGUAAUUGCUGGCAGCCUGUUAUCGACUACAUUGAUAGUAAAUUUGAGGACUACCUAAAUGCAGAAUCACGAGUGAACAGACGUCAGAUGCCUGAUAACAGGGUGCAGUGUUGUUUAUACUUCAUUGCUCCUUCAGGACAUGGACUUAAACCAUUGGAUAUUGAGUUUAUGAAGCGUUUGCAUGAAAAAGUGAAUAUCAUCCCACUUAUUGCCAAAGCAGACACACUCACACCAGAGGAAUGCCAACAGUUUAAAAAACAGAUAAUGAAAGAAAUCCAAGAACAUAAAAUUAAAAUAUAUGAAUUUCCAGAAACAGAUGAUGAAGAAGAAAAUAAACUUGUUAAAAAGAUAAAGGACCGUUUACCUCUUGCCGUGGUAGGUAGUAAUACUAUCAUUGAAGUUAAUGGCAAAAGGGUCAGAGGAAGGCAGUAUCCCUGGGGUGUUGCUGAAGUUGAAAAUGGUGAACAUUGUGAUUUUACAAUCCUAAGAAAUAUGUUGAUAAGAACACACAUGCAGGACUUGAAAGAUGUUACUAAUAAUGUCCACUAUGAGAAUUACAGAAGCAGAAAACUUGCAGCUGUGACUUAUAAUGGAGUUGAUAACAAUAAGAAUAAAGGGCAGCUGACUAAGAGCCCUCUGGCACAAAUGGAAGAAGAAAGAAGGGAGCAUGUAGCUAAAAUGAAGAAGAUGGAGAUGGAGAUGGAGCAGGUGUUUGAGAUGAAGGUCAAAGAAAAAGUUCAAAAACUGAAGGACUCUGAAGCUGAGCUCCAGCGGCGCCAUGAACAAAUGAAAAAGAAUUUGGAAGCACAGCACAAAGAAUUGGAGGAAAAACGUCGUCAGUUUGAGGAUGAGAAAGCAAACUGGGAAGCUCAACAACGUAUUUUAGAACAACAGAACUCUUCGAGAACCUUGGAAAAGAACAAGAAGAAAGGGAAGAUCUUUUAAACUCUCUAUUGACCACCAGUUACGUAUUAGUUGCCAAUAUGCCAGCUUGGACAUCAGUGUUUGUUGGAUCCGUUUGACCAAUUUGCACCAGUUUUAUCCAUAAUGAUGGAUUUAACAGCAUGACAAAAAUUACUUUUUUUUGUUGUUCUUGAUGGAGAUUAAGAUGCCUUGAAUUGUCUAGGGUGUUCUCUACUUAGAAAGUAAGAGCUCUAAGUACCUUUCCUACAUUUUCUUUUUUUAUUAAACAGAUAUCUUCAGUUUAAUGCAAGAGAACAUUUUACUGUUGUACAAUCAUGUUCUGGUGGUUUGAUUGUUUACAGGAUAUUCCAAAAUAAAAGGACUCUGGAAGAUUUUCAUUGAGGAUAAAUUGCCAUAAUAUGAUGCAAACUGUGCUUCUCUAUGAUAAUUAUAAUACAACGGUUCCAUUCAAUGCAGCAUAUACAAUAAUGUAAUUUAGUCUAACACAGUUGACCCUAUUUUUUGACACUUCCAUUGUUUAAAAAUACACAUGGAAAAAAAAAAACCCUAUAUGCUUACAGUGCACCUAGAGCUUUUUUAUAACAACCUCUUUUUGUUUGUUUGUUUUGGAUUCUUUAAAUAUAUAUUAUUCUCAUUUAGUGCCCUCUUUAGCCAGAAUCUCAUUACUGCUUCAUUUUUGUAAUAACAUUUAAUUUAGAUAUUUUCCAUAUAUUGGCCCUGCUAAAAUAGAAUAUAGCAUCUUUCAUAUGGUAGGAACCAACAAGGAAACUUUCCUUUAACUCCCUUUUUACACUUUAUGGUAAGUAGCAGGGGGGAAAAUGCAUUUAUAGAUCAUUUCUAGGCAAAAUUGUGAAGCUAAUGACCAACCUGUUUCUACGUAUAUGCAGUCUGUUUAUUUUACUAGAAAUGGGAAUCAUGGCCUCUUAAAGAGAAAAAAGUCACCAUUCUGCAUUUAGCUGUAUUCAUAUAUUGCAUUUCUGUAUUUUUUGUUUGUAUUGUAAAAAAUUCACAUAAUAAACGAUGUUGUGAUGUAAUAGCGUGUGGGGUCUUAUAUCCUACAGUCGAUGUACAAGAGUAGAGUAUGUUUGGGAAGAAACUUUUCAACUUGAGUGUUUCUCCUCUACGAUGACAUCUCUUACAUGCUUGUCUCAUUUAGAAUGCAUAUGUGCUGAUUUUCUAAUUUAAGAGAUACCAUAUCUCUCUAUUCAUUUCUCUCUCUCAUUUGUGUGCUUAUUUUUCUGAGAACAAUUUUUUUUUUUUCCAAACAGGGUCUUGCUUCGUUGCCCAGGCUGGAGUGCAGUGGCACAAACACGACUCGACUGCAGCCUUAACCCUCUGGGCUCAAGCAGUCCUCCUGCCUCAGCCCCCUGAGUAUCUGGGAUUGCAGGUGUGCACAACCAUGCCUGGCUAAUUUUUGUAUUUUUUGCAGCCUCCCAAAGUUCUGGGAUUACAGGCAUGAGCCAUCAUGCCCGGCCUCUGAGAACAGUUUCUGACUCAUUCAGAUUAAAUAUACUCUCAAGUCCCUGGAAACUGAAAUUUUUUCAACUGGAGAGAGGGUGGUGUCAUUUCUUUUCUCAAGGUCAAGUGACAGAUUUUAACAUAAUGCAUAAUUUAAGAAAUUAAGUAAGUAAUGUAACCUAGUUUAUCAUCUUGAAAUGUUUUACCCUAUGUACUUUUUAAAAUCAAUGACCUAAGCAGAGGGAAUAAUUAUAAGUCAGUAGCAGAGAGAUUGUUGUUUGGGUGUUUAUUUUUUUCAGUUUUUGUGUUGAGAGAUGGGGUUAACACCUCUAGCCAAAAAUGUUUGGUUUUAGGGGAGGCUAACAACAACCUACUGAAUUUGGAGAAUGCAAAGGUAAAAAAUGUAUAUAGACUGCCUGCCUGACUGGUUAAGUACUACUGCUUCUGGGGAAUAUUAUUUCAAAAUUCUAUGUAUUAUAAUAAUAAAUUUGUAAGACACAUUCAUUAUUCUACCAUCCUAA